UCCUCACAAUAACAACAGCUGGCAUCAGUUAAAGAUGGCCGCCGCAACCAUAGCGGGGCUCGAUGCCCACAGGAUGGAGGAAAAGAAGUUUGAAUACUUCUCCUCCAUCAACUCCAUGGCCAAGAAAAUAAUGCAGGAGAGGGAGAAAAUCAAAGCCAAACACGGCUCGUCCUGGGAGAAAAUGACGCCGCAAGAGCAAGACAACGCCAUCGACAACUGCAUGAUGGACCCCCAUAUCCGAGCCCGAUACGCUAUGCACAGAGUAGACCGCGAAGAGGUGGUCUGUUACCCCAAACUGCUCAUUCAGACGGGCCAGAAGAUAGUUCAUUUCGGUGAAGAGGAUAUUACCUGGCAAGAUGAACACUCUGCCCCCUUCUCAUGGGAGACCAAGAGUCAACUGGAGUUCGGCUUGACAUCGGGCUCAGCAGAGGGGAUCUCUGCCUCACAGGCUGACUCAAAAUCCACAAAGGUUCCUCAUUCCAGCCAGCUUGGGAAAAGUACACCAGGGACCAAGGUGUCUGUCAGUGAGGUACGGCGGCCAGAGGAGGAGUCCUCUUUCUGGAAGAUCAGCGCUGAGAGGUCCAGGCUGGAGGGAGAGCAAGCUGACUUCCAGUCCCUGACUCCCAGCCAGAUCAAAUCCCUAGAAAAAGGAGAGAAAUCACUCCCUUCUUACCUCCGACAGGAAUCCUCCGUUAUCUCCAAGGAGCAUGAGGCAGCAGAGCAUCACCCUCCACCUCCUGCCAGGUCCACCAAGCAGAGAGCACCCAAGCCUCCUGCUCCACAGCCCCCUCUCCCUGCCGCAGUUAGCGCAACUCCGGCGUCCAUCUCCAUCUCGCCGAACCCUCCCCCGCCUGUCAGCGUCUCCUCUUCAAUUGCAGGCUGGGAGAGAUCUCAGAGCACCUUGCCAUCAGUCAGCAACACCCUGGAUGAAAUGUUCUCCUCCAGCCUGAUGUCCAAGCCUUCCAGCCUCUCUGCAAGUGUGGAGAAGGAAAAGGAGGAAGAGGCUUCACCCAACUUUGACGGCAGCCCCACAUUUUCCCAGUUUAACACAAGCAACAGCGUCCUGAAGACUGGAUUCGAUUUCCUAGACAACUGGUAAACCACAGCUGAGACCAGUCACCGUUCUGAAUGAGUCAUCCUCAUCACUUUAAAGAAGGACCACACUGCCAUGACUACAGACAUCCACGUCUAGAUUUAAGAGACUUUAAAAUGACCACAUUAUGUUCUUGUAAUCAUCUUGAGUGGCUUGUUAAGACAUUAUCUCACCGCCUAUGUGCUGGUGUUUUUUGUUUUUAUUUUUUGCCCUUGAAUAGAAGUGCACACUUUUCCUUUCAGACUAGGAUUGAAUCUUUUGAACCUCUUGCCAAACCCCUCCUGAUGUUACAUUUGCUAUGACGCGCUAUGGUACACAGAAACAUAUUAUAAUUAGUAGGGGAUAUAAUAGAUCAGAAAUCCAGUGGCUUUUAUUGUUCAGGCGUUGCAAAAUGUUCUCUUUGUGACCACAUUUUAUUCAUGAGUUUGAACACCACUGUACACAUUGGCAACUUAUCCCUGCUAAUUAGGGUAACAUGAUGAUUGUGUUGCUUGCAGUAAGAAGUAACUAGGCUACAUUCACUCGUAACUCUUAGACACUAAUCCAGCAAAGAGCAGUUUGGUACCACAAGCAUGUAACAAGUUUCAUCUGUGCAAACACUAAAACCCUUGUCCAUGUUUAAGAUUUAUUGUUUCUUAUGAAGAUUUUGCUCUCCAGUCUGCUUUUAUUUAUACUUAGAGUAUAUAUUCUAUUAGAGUUGAAGUAGUGCUGCAGUCCUGACCUGCAUAGUGCAAUUACUACAGACAGUGUUCCUGCUGGUCAUGGAAUUCCUGGCAUAUCAUGGAAUUGUGAUAUUGGGAAAUGGAAAUCAUGGAAUUUUACAUUUAUAUGACCUCACUGAAUUAUCGCAGAAUGUUUUCCAACUUUUAUAAAUUCAUGGAGCUAGAAGGUUGCUUUCAGCCAAGUCUAAGUGAAAACCAGACGGCUGUUCUCUUUGGCAUUUGAAAAAAAAAAAAAAACAGGAGGGAAGAACAGCCAUGGAAGUACAUACAUUUAGUCAUGGAAAAUUCACGGACCGUAUGUCCGGACAGUCGUGGGAACCUGUUACAGAUGUCCUGUGUGGAUUUAGGUCCUUGCCAACACUUCCUCACUGUGUCAUCCCUUUCACCUCAGCACUGAACAAAGCUAGUGUGCUUUGAUAAAGACACUCAAACAUUGUGUUGUAGGUUAACAGGCAGGUGUGUAGUGGUUGGUAGCUCUUGUGUCAGACCUUAAAUCCAUGAUAUGACUAGAGUACUAUUUUAUUGAAUUUUCUAUGUAUCUGCUGAUUGUAUCCUUUGCUAUAUCUGUAUAUUGCACUCUUGCAUUUUGAGGUCACAGAUUGGACGGAAGUAAAUACAUUAAACCUG